UCACAAAAUGGCGGCAUCCGUCUGUCUCGGUGUCUAAUCUGUCUCCCUACCUACUAGUCUCUCAAGUCUCAACUCUCAAGUAGUCAAGCACGUUAUCUCCACCAAUUUUCCCAAUUUUAAUUUUUAAGUGAUCACUAAAGGUUUCCAAGAAACAAAAACGCUUGCAUUUAAAAAGAUUUUUAAAAUCAACUGAAAGAAUUUAUCAUCAUACUGACUGGAAGAUUUGUAAAUAUUGCUUGUGAAUUGGAUGCUAUCCAACUCUUGAACCUGUUAAGAACAACUUCAUCUCGUCUGUCAGGAACAGUAAAAUGGCAAGUUCAUCCAGAAUCCAGGCAAAAGAAAUUCGAAGUGGGUUAUUUAAGAUCAGAUGGGAAUUAAAAGAAGAUAUCAUGGAGAAGGGUGUGUGCCGUGAUUAUGUCACACUAAAUUUGUGUAAGUCAUCCUUGAUUCUAAAAAUGCUUUUUGAUUAUUCUGUUCCUACACGUAAAAAGUAUCGGAAUUUGAAACAAAAUUUGGUUGUUAAUGAAGUCAGCCAAGAAGAACUAAAAAGCGACAGUGAAGAAGAAACAGAUGAAGACUCAUUUAAUGAAGAUGAUGAUGAAGAAGACAAUGAUCAUGAAGGUAUUGGUGAAAGUAGCAACAUAGAUGCCAUUGAAGGUGAAAAUGAGCCAGAACAGCAGAUGGAUACUCCUCAUCCCCUCAAAAAUGGAAUUCGUCCCAUGCUCAUGUGGAUCCUCACCUCAGAAUAUGCAUCAGGAUCAGGAAGUGAAAGAAAGCUUUUGAAAAAUGAUACUGAUGAAUGGAGAGUAGAGUGGUAUAGCUUUAAAUUACCUGACUUCAUCAAUCUUUGGAUAGAUUUUGGGACCCAGUCCCAAAUAGAAAGAAACGUCAUCAAAACAAUGAGUGGCCUUGCCAGUAUGUUUUACGAUCAACAUCGGUGUGAUGUCCAAUUUCGCUUCAAAGAUGGAAAAUCCAUUGGUGCCCACAUCUUAAUUCUUUCAAUCGGCAGCCCAGUGUUCUCUGCCAUGUUCCAGUCGGGUCUCUUAGAGUCUCAAACGCGUGAAGUGACCAUCACUGAUAUUGAAUUGGAAAUAUUCCGGCAACUUCUCGACUACUUAUACACUGGCAGCGCACCCAAACUCGCAGAUGAAAACAUCACCAAACUACUCUUCGAGGCUGCGGAUAAAUACUCCGUCGAACAUCUUAAAAAUGAUUGCCUCGAAGCUCUGCAGGAACGAGUGAGAAUUGACAACGUCACCAACUUAUUAAUUUGGUCGCACUUCCGAUCAACAAAACCACUUUUUGAAAUGGCAUUGAAAUUUACCCUUAAAAAUUUUCGCAAGCUCUUGGACCAAGCCGACUUCGAGGACUUUCUUAAGAGUUAUCCGGAUUUGUGUUUGAUUGUCUUGAAACGUUUCGCUUCCCUUCCGUACCGAUACUACCAACAUGAAACAACGACAUCGUCAGAUUCGUAUUCGUCACCUUAGUUUUACGGUUUUCCAGAUUUACCCCAUAGUUUAUCUGUGCCUAUUCGAUCAUUCCGAAUGAAGAGUAAGGCUUUUCGUUUUCUUAUCUCAAUAGUUUUUGUAAAAAUUCUCCUAGCUUCUUUUUAUUUUAUUGCGUUUUGCAUUGUCCACGAAUUGUAAUUUCACUGAAACGAUUGCAUCGUAAAGCAUUCUCAAAUUUAUUGUUCGUGGUUCUGCUGCUCUUUUGCUUGUUCAAACAUAGCAAUAAAUCACCAAAGCUGACAUUUUCGCUCUAUUAUUCUACGUGAGUCGUAUGUCAAGUUUAUCCCCCUGUUAGUUGGAAAACAAAAGUUCUUGCGGGAGUUAUUUAGGUCAUAGCUUUCGCAUUCUUGGCCCACUGUUAGUUACGACGCCUUCACCAGACGCUAGUGGCUAUGAGAAAUAUGCGCUCUACAUUGACGUUUUGACUUAUUCGUCGGUAUGGAAACGCUUAAGCAAAUGUUCUGUAAGGUGAAUUUGACUAUGAGUCAGAAAGUGAGUAUGACGUCGAAAAUUUGGUGGAUUGGACCUGUUUGUCGUUGCCUUCACAUCCGCACUGUGGUGGACGCCAAAGAAAAACCUGAAAACUAUUGCCGGAAGCAGAGAAAUUGGUCCUUCAACCCUCUACCAAUACGGUGCGUUUUGCUAUUGUUUAAUGUUUGGAUUCCCGUCGUUUCAACCUUUGAUCUUUUUUUCUUGUGCAGAACGAAACGAUCAAAGUGUGCCAUUAAUAUUUCCAUGUCAUGAAUACUGCCAGCACUUUAGUCAAUCGUUCCUAUCUAGAAGAUAUCUGGAAAUUACCAUCUCCAAAAAUAUAGUGCCUCUCAACUGUGGUCGAAUUACUUUACAGGCUUUCGACUACCCAAGAAGUAUUGGUGCGAAUGCUGAGUCCACGUCUUCUGUGAUAUUUUCGACGAAGAUAAAUUCCAUCCACAAUCCAAAUUACGACAUUAACGGUUUUUACAGCUCUUCUCGUAUAGGGACGGCCAUGGACGAAUCCAACAGCUGGCUGGAAGAGUUUUUCGCCCCCGACUGGCAAAGAUGAUGAGACAUUGGGCCCGCUUCAGUUUUCCAACUGGAUUUGAUCGCCUUUCUAAAUCUCGAUUCGAUCGAAUUCGUCACCAAUCUCAAGUUGAGAAAGAAUUUGCGCCAACAAUUUAAAGAUGGAAUUUUAAUUGUGAAUUAUUUCAUCCUGAUGGAGUGAGAGUUAUUACUAAAUAAGGCCACGUAUACAUUUCACUUUUUAAUUGGUUUCCUAUUUUCUUUCUUUGAAAAAAAAAGAAGACGAUGCCCAAAACGCCUGUCUGGCUGCCUGCCGUCACAUCGCAGAGAUUCAGAUUCUCUGCUCAUCGACGAUGUCAGUUUAAUUUUCAGCUAGAGAGCCUUGACGUCAAUCAAUACGCGCAAAACGAUUUAGGUGGCCAUCACUUUAAUUACCUUGUUUUCGAUAAUCCACCUUUUGAUACUGUAACCAGAGGACCUAACGGUACGUUUACAUUCUUCGGAUCGGACUAUUACUUAACUGAUUGGCUUGCGUCAAAAUUUAACUUCACAUAUUCUUUCGUGUUGAUAAAUCAAACCAUUGCCGAAAAAUACGGCACACACGAAGCGCUGUUUUACCAACUCAUCAACGACAAAGAUGUUGACGGAAUAGCAUGUUCUUUCUACUUAACGAUGGACAGAGUGGAAAGAAUGGACUACACCUUCUUCACGUGGUCUGAAGGAUUUAGUCUUGUUGUGCCAAGACCUGGAGAGGAAAGCAGAUUAUUUGCUUUCAUUGGUCCAUUUCAACCUACGGUUUGGUUGUUGGUUUUCAUUAGUCUUAUCGUCAUAAUCGGGACCAUGACACUCUUUACCUGGUGCUACAAUGGAUGUUUCACUGUCGUUUCAACGGACGAGGCUACUGUCGACUCUGAAUCAACAACUCGACAUAAUCGCAACGUUUCACGUCAAAGGAGCAACUUUAUCUUCUUUGGUCCCCACAUAACCUAUGUUAUUAAUACCAUAACGAAUCAAGGAGGAAGAGAAGCGUUUAGUCGCAACUCGUUUCGGGUCCUGGCCGGAGUUUGGGUUUUGUGCGCUACUGUUUUGGUUAACUCUUACACGGGAAUCGUCAUUUCGUCACUCACCAAGCCGAAAAUGAAGCCGUCCAUCGAAUCUUUUGAAGAUUUGGCUGCGAGUUCAGAGAUUGGGGUCGUUCUCCGACAUGACACGUCAAUUGGAGAACAAAUUCUGAAAGCAACUUCUGGCGUUUAUAAGGUCUUGGGUGAUAAAGCUCGGCGUCAUCCGGAUCAAAUACUCGGCGAUCCUUUCAAGUUGGCCGCUAAACUGCAGACCGGUCACUACGCUUACCCUUUUCUUCGCACUUUUGGCAUUGCAUUUGUCGGUUCGCAGUAUAAAAAGGAUAAGAAAUGCCGAUUUAAAACUUCUAAAAUGUUGCCCAUCUCUACGGGAUUUUAUUCGUUGCUUUUUAAGAAGGGAAGCUCAUACACUAAAACAAUUAGCCAAGGGCUCAUGAAUCUUUGGGAGAGUGGUUUUAUGAUGUUUUGGGUGAGGAACCUCCCUACCAUACCAAAAGCAAACGAAUGUUUCGCCGACGAAAAGAAUCGAGUCUCUCGUCUAGUUCCGAUUCGGCUGUCCGAUUUGACUAGUGCUUUUCUGAUCCUAGGAAUUGGAAUUGGAUUGGCGACACUAAGUUUCUUGCUAGAAUUGAUCUACUAUAAUAUGGCUAAAAAAUAGCUUUUUUCUGCUCCGUUAAUCGGGCUGAAGCAGUUGAAAGGUGAAAGUUUCAUUAAGCUUAGGACAUGUAGUUGUCAUCAUUUUUGUAGCCAAUUCAUCAAAGUUGUGCUCCAAAACAUUUUUUUUUCCUUAUAUUUGUUGCUUACCUCUUGUGACCAUUUUAAGUUUAAUGGGUUUUUGUCUAUCUUUGCAAUGUUUCAGUGUUCAUCCGAUUUUUACGAUAUUAUUCACCUAAUGCCAAAACCUAUAAGUACACUAAAUGUUUGACAUUAAAUCUUAUCGUGUUUUAAAUCGUAAUUAGACUAUUAGUUAAAUGCAAUAAACUGAAAUAUUCUAAAGAGAAAUCAAUAAA